UUUCAUUGCAAGCGGCCGCUCAGCGGGACAGCCGAAGCGAUGCUGCCGCGCUGGGGGCUCCUGUGGCUUCUCGGGGCCGCCGCUUCCUGCCUCCUGGAAGGCAGCCUCGGCUCCUCCCCUCACGUAAUCUGUGUGAGCUACUCUUCUGCAACGGAGGCUUGUCCAGGGCUGCCACCCUUCAUAGCCGAAGGUUAUAUGGACGAUCAGCUCAUCAUUCGCUACGAAAGCCACACCAGGAAGAUGCAUCCUCGAGUAGAUUGGAUAAAUACACUGGAGAAGGAAGAUUUCAGAUUCUUUAACAAGUACACCUGGAUUUUGCAACAUGACCAGAAAGACCUUCAGGAGGACGUGCAAAUGCUCCAGAGACUCUAUAACCAAAGUGGAGGCUUUCACAUCGCCCAGAUGAUGGUCUUCUGUGAACUAGGGGAAGAUGGGAAAAGGAACGGCCGCUGGCAGUACGGCUAUGAUGGGCGGGAUUUCCUUGGCUACGACAUGGGGACCGGCAUCUGGACAGCAGCUGACAAAGAGGCCCAGUGGCUCAAUUGGAGGGGCGAAACCUACGUCAAUCAGCGUUUCACAGAUUACCUGGAGAAUAUCUGCACGGAGUGGCUGCAGAAGUAUGACCACUACAGAUCUGAGAUAUCCUUGAGGGAAGGUAUGGAGAAACAGCCAGAGAGAAACCGCAAUGGGAUCUGCCGCGUGGCCUCCUACUGCGAGCGGCCACAGCAGAAGUGGGACAGCGGCCAUGCGGGCUCCCGCUGGAUGGGGCUGUUGGUGCCGCCACUGCGAGAGGUGCCCCUGCUGGCUCCACACAAUCAGAAGCCCCAAAGGAGGGACAAUGGGAAAAGUGGCAAGAAUAAGGCUCCAGAGGCACUAGUGGUUUAUUCUGCAGUUGAUGACCGAUAUGACCCCCCCUUCAUCCUCUAA